CCACCUUUGUGCUGUCUGUGCUGUUUGUGUAGUAGUACCACUUAACUCAAACUACACAAUCAAAACAAACGCUCUACACUUGUAGUAGUGCAGCUGGAACACUCAGCUACAGGAACCUAUUCUCUUCACCAUUACCACCUGUUUUAACACCCGCAUUAACGUUAACUAUCCACCUCAAAUUAAUAUUCUCUUUCUUUUUGAGCUUAGGGCUUGAUUUUGAGUUUCUUGUUCAUUAUCUUACUAUUGUCACAGUUUACACAGAGAAAGGUGACAAUGGGGCAUUGUGUGAAUCAUUGCGAUUAUCUAUCUUCGAGGUCGACCCUCUUCUCAUCGAACCUGAAUUCCUCGAAAUCGAACAGCUUUCGAUUAUUGUUUAGCUCCAGCAGGCUCGGAGCAAGAAAGGCCUCUUCCCCUGCUGCUUUGAAGCUGCGACCAUGGCCAGCUCAAUUUGUUCGACUGGAGAAGCUGACUCACCGAGUUAACUUGGUCCGAAGUGAGCAGGAUGAGAAGGUGACGGCGGCAGCGCCAUCACCCAAUGUUGGCAAAAGAACGGACUUGAAGAAGAUUAUGAUAUUGGGGGCCGGACCGAUUGUGAUUGGGCAAGCUUGCGAGUUCGAUUACUCGGGUACUCAGGCUUGUAAGGCUCUGAAGGAAGAGGGUUAUGAAGUGAUUUUAAUCAAUUCCAACCCGGCUACGAUUAUGACCGACCCGGACCUGGCUGACCGGACUUACAUUACGCCGAUGACGCCGGAGUUGGUCGAGCAAGUUCUUGAAAAGGAGCGCCCCGACGCACUGUUGCCCACUAUGGGUGGCCAGACCGCGCUGAACCUGGCCGUGGCGUUGGCCGAGAGUGGUGCACUUGAAAAAUAUGGGGUUGAGUUGAUUGGAGCGAAGCUUGAAGCCAUUAAGAAGGCUGAGGAUAGGGAGUUGUUUAAGCAGGCGAUGAAGAACAUUGGCAUUAAGACGCCGCCAUCUGGGAUUGCCACAACACUCGAUGACUGCAUUGAAAUUGCCAAUGACAUUGGAGAGUUUCCUUUGAUUAUAAGGCCUGCGUUCACAUUGGGCGGCACUGGAGGUGGGAUUGCUUAUAAUAGGGAGGAAUUUGAAACCAUUUGCAAGGCAGGGCUUGCGGCGAGCUUGACCUCUCAAGUGUUGGUUGAGAAAUCCUUAUUGGGUUGGAAAGAGUAUGAGCUUGAGGUCAUGAGAGACUUGGCGGACAAUGUGGUUAUCAUAUGUUCUAUUGAGAAUAUUGACCCAAUGGGAGUCCAUACAGGGGAUUCGAUCACUGUGGCUCCAGCUCAAACUUUGACUGAUAAGGAGUACCAGCGGCUGAGAGACUACUCAGUAGCUAUAAUAAGGGAAAUUGGAGUGGAAUGUGGUGGCUCUAAUGUGCAGUUCGCUGUUAAUCCCAUCGAUGGCGAGGUGAUGGUGAUUGAGAUGAACCCACGAGUGUCUCGCUCAUCAGCUUUGGCAUCUAAGGCUACUGGUUUUCCUAUUGCAAAGAUGGCUGCUAAGCUAUCAGUUGGUUAUUCAUUAGAUCAGAUUCCAAAUGACAUCACUAAGAAGACACCAGCUAGUUUUGAGCCUUCCAUAGAUUAUGUGGUAACAAAGAUCCCUCGGUUUGCAUUUGAAAAGUUUCCUGGUUCACAGCCAAUUUUGACGACACAAAUGAAAUCUGUUGGUGAAUCAAUGGCACUAGGCCGAACAUUCCAAGAAUCCUUCCAGAAAGCAGUGAGAUCCUUGGAAUGUGGCCACUCUGGAUGGGGCUGUGGUAAGAUCAAGGAACUUGACUGGGACUUAGACCAGUUGAAGUAUAGCUUACGUGUUCCUAACCCUGACCGUAUCCAUGCUGUAUAUGCUGCAAUGAAGAAGGGAAUGAAGAUAGAUGACAUUUAUGAACUGAGUUACAUUGACAAAUGGUUCCUCACCCAGCUUAAGGAGCUGGUAGAUGUAGAGCAGUUCCUUUUGGCUCGGAGCUUGUCUGACCUAACACAGGAUGAUUUCUUUGAAGUAAAAAGAAGAGGUUUCAGUGAUAAGCAGAUAGCUUUUGCCACCAAGUCGACUGAGAUAGAAGUUCGGCAGAAGAGGAUAUCUCUAGGUGUUACUCCAGCAUACAAGCGAGUGGAUACCUGUGCCGCUGAGUUUGAGGCCAAUACCCCUUACAUGUAUUCUUCGUAUGAUUUUGAGUGUGAAUCAGCUCCCACCCAAAGCAAGAAGGUUUUGAUUCUUGGUGGUGGACCAAAUCGAAUUGGUCAGGGGAUUGAAUUUGACUACUGCUGUUGUCACACAUCCUUUGCCCUUCAGAAAGCAGGAUAUGAGACAAUUAUGAUGAAUUCAAAUCCUGAAACUGUAUCUACAGACUACGACACAAGUGAUCGUCUCUAUUUUGAACCAUUGACUGUUGAAGAUGUGCUAAACAUUAUUGAUUUGGAACGUCCUGAUGGCAUCAUAGUGCAGUUUGGAGGUCAAACACCCUUAAAGCUGGCUCUACCAAUUCAGCAGUACCUAGAUGAGUGCAAGCCUAAAUGUGCUAGUGGUGCUGGGAAUGUACGCAUUUGGGGUACCACACCAGAUUCAAUAGAUGCAGCAGAGGACAGGGAAAGGUUUAAUGCAAUUCUUAAGGAGUUAAAUGUUGAACAGCCUAAAGGAGGAAUUGCCAAAAGCGAAGCUGAUGCUCUUGCUAUUGCAGUGGACAUUGGGUAUCCAGUUGUUGUCCGGCCUUCAUAUGUGUUGGGUGGCCGGGCUAUGGAAAUUGUCUAUAACGAUGAAAAGCUUGCGACCUACCUUGAAAAUGCUGUAAAGGUGGACCCAGAACUUCCCGUGCUUAUUGACAAGUAUUUGUCGGAUGCCAUUGAGAUUGAUGUUGAUGCACUUGCUGACUCUUAUGGUAAUGUUGUCAUUGGCGGAAUAAUGGAGCACAUUGAGCAGGCUGGGGUUCAUUCUGGUGACUCUGCAUGUUCACUUCCGACAAAAACCAUCCCAUCUUCUUGCUUGGAGACAAUCAGGACAUGGACUAUACAAUUGGCUAAGAGACUUAAUGUGUGCGGCCUCAUGAAUUGUCAGUAUGCCAUUACAGUGUCUGGAGAUGUCUUCUUACUUGAGGCGAAUCCUCGUGCUUCUCGCACAGUUCCUUUUGUGUCCAAGGCAAUUGGACAUCCAUUGGCUAAAUAUGCUGCACUGGUCAUGUCUGGAAAGUCUCUUUCUGACCUAAAUUUCACGGAAGAGGUAAUCCCUGCUCACAUGUCUGUAAAGGAAGCUGUUCUUCCAUUCGAGAAGUUUCAAGGUUGUGAUGUAUUACUAGGGCCUGAGAUGCGCAGCACCGGUGAGGUGAUGGGUAUUGAUUUUGAGUUUCCCAUUGCAUUUGCCAAGGCGCAAAUUGCAGCUGGACAGAAGCCACCACUAUCUGGCACAGUGUUCCUGAGCUUAAAUGACUUGACCAAACCCCAUCUGGAAAAGAUUGCAAAUGCCUUCCAAGGGCUUGGUUUUAAGAUUGUUUCGACUUCAGGAACAGCUCAUGUCCUUGAAUUAUCAGGCAUCCCAGUGGAACGAGUUCUAAAGUUGCAUGAGGGGCGACCGCAUGCUGGUGAUAUGGUAUCUAAUGGGCAAAUCCAGUUAAUGGUGAUCACAAGUUCAGGUGAUGCACUAGAUCAGAUAGAUGGACGGCAGUUGAGGAGAAUGGCUCUAGCUUACAAGGUUCCUGUAAUAACAACCGUCGCUGGAGCUUUGGCAACUGCAGAGGCAAUCAAGAGUUUGAAGACCAAUACUAUUAAGAUGAUCGCGCUGCAGGACUUCUUUAAUGUCGAGUCGGAAACUGCAAAUAGUAAGACCUUCUCUACUGUACAGAGUGCCACUAGUGCCCAGUGAGUGAUAACUGCAUCUUCCUUAAUUGGAAAAGACAUUUAGUUUGUUGUCUCAAGUUAAGUAGCUUGAAUCUUUUAGUGACUAAUGAAUGAUUUUCAUGUCUAUAUAUUUUCCUGGUAAUCUGUCAAAUGGUUAUUAUGAUUGUCCAUUUUUCUGUAUAAUCACUUUGAGUUGAAGGUGAUGCACGAGAGUACCAAUCUGUAUGAGUUUAUGGUCUUACAUUUUUGCUAGAAGAGAUUGUUCUUAAUUCUUACAUUUGCCCUAUAUAAAAUAAAAUAUUUUCUUA